AGAGGUAGUUAAUUAAGCAAGAAAAGUGACAAGUGGCCCACAGCAGGGCUGCUAACAGCUCCAGCCUUCCAUAGCAUCUUCAGGGCCCAAGAGAGCUCUUCUAGGAUAGCAAGAAGGACAGUGAGCACAGUGGGACUGACUUUGCUGAGACACCAUGGAAAGUAGUAAUCCAAGAGCUGGCCGAAAGAGCAGGAAGCUGGGAUCGAGACGUCGUCAUCAAAUGAAGGAAGUGGCUGAUGAGGAUGGUCCUCCAGCCCUAGACUCUGAGUGGCCCUCCCAGGCCACUGAGGAACUGCAGGAUUUCUUCAGGGAAUGUGGAGCUGAACAAAAGGGUUUCAUUACUCGGGAAGAUCUGAGGAAGGCAAAGUUCAGUUUCCUGGGGAACCCUGAAGAGCUAGAGCUAAUCUUUGAGUGGCUGGACCCGGAGAGGAAAGGAAGCCUCACAAUCAAAGAAUUUACUUCUGGACUCAAGAAUGUCUUCAGCUCCCAAACCAGGAUCCCAGGGUCAAGAAAGAAGAAGCCCAGGACAUGGGUCUUCUCCAAGGAGGAGCCUACCAGCUUCCAGCGCUUGGAAGAAGUGGACCCAGAAGAAAGGAGAUGGUUCCUGUCUUUCAUGGAACAGCUGGGAACUGACCACUUAUCUCUUGACCAGGCAGAAAUCUGGCAGCUAUGGAAGAAACUGCGGCAGGAGGAACCCCACUUGGUGGGGAAUCUAGAAGGCUUCCUGGCCAAGGUGACAAGUCGUCUUCGGGAGACUCAGGCUGAGAAGGAGACUCUGCAAAUGACCCUGAAAAAAUAUGACGAUGACCACCACCGUGAAGUCCAGCAGCUCUAUGAGGAGAUGGAACAUCAGAUUCACAGUGAGAAGCAGCGACUCCAGGCAGCAAGCGACACUCAAGGCCUGGCCUAUAGUUCCAUGAUGCAUCAAGCUCUAGAGGCCAAGGAACAGGAGAUGCAAUACUUAGCAGAGGGCCAGAGAGAGUUGGAGGCCCAGAUUGAUCUGCUGAAAAGCAAGCGCCAUGAGGUCAGCCUAGAGAACCAAAGACUCCAGGAAACCCAGAGGGACCUUACUGGACAACUGGAGCAGGUCCAAGGGCAGCUGCAAGUGACCAGGGGGCACCUGAAUCUAGCAAGGGGCCAAGUGGCCUGGCAGGUGGAAGAAGAGACUAGCCUCUCUAGUGAUCCUCCAGUUGACCCAAAGAAUACCUCGGACUCCCAACAUUUUACUUCAUUUCCUGAAGAAGACCCCCUGCCAUCACUGUUUGAGGAAGGUGACUGGAGUCAGCUCCUGAGCAAUUUCACCAGCCCCUUGUCAGGGAAUACCACCCAGAUUUCCUGGAGCCCACCCCCAACCCCAACUUCCCUGAAGGGAUACCAUACACCCCGAAUUGUCAGGCAGAUCUCUAUUACCAAACGAAACUCCUGGCAGUUCAAUCAGGAGUCUCCUUCAGAUCCAGAAGUGCUUCCAAGGAGCCCCCUAGGGUCAUCUGAAGCCCCUGCUGUUGUGUUAGAACUCAAGGUUGCUGGUGAGCCAAAGCCUGGAAAGACUUUUCAGUUGGACUUUCAGAGAGUAUCUUCUGGGGAGCCAGCAAUCACCACCUGGGGACAGGCAGCUCCUGAGUUAGGAGAUUCCCUUGCCAGCUCAGAUUCCCUGCCUAGUCAGGAGCUGGCUGGGCCUGGUAAGGGGUUUGGGGAAACAGAUGGAGAUGAGGUGGGUCAGGGAGAUGGGCCCAUUUCAGAUAUACUCUCCAAGGGCCCUAGCUCUGAGGAGUCCCUACAGACACUGGGCCCCUCCGCAGACAUGCAGGCUGACACCUGGAAAGUGAGUGCUAAGGAAAUACCUCAUCCAGGUCUGCCUCCAGCUGGCUCGGAGCAAGAAGUGGGGUCCUGGGGAAAGGAAGUAUUCACACUUGGAUCAGAUGUGCCUGUUGAGAGUCCUGAGCAUUUAGUGUUGAUAGAAGAAGGUAUUCCCAUGAUGGAGAAAGAACGAGAAAAAAUGAAUACAGAAGGAUGGGAAAUGGAGACCAAUCAACAGAAUAAUGUUCGUGGUCUGGAAACUGAGCUCAGAGAGUCAGCUGGGUCAGUUGUGAGUGAGGUUCCUGGUGAAGAAUCCAAAAGUACAGAAUCACCUGGGCCAGAUGCGGGUGAGAUUCUUGGUGAGGGAUACAGGAGCACAGAAUCACCUGGGCCAGAUGCAGAUGAGAUUCUUGGUGAGGGAUCCCAGAGCACAGAAUUACCUGGACCAGAUGUGGGUGAGGUUCCCCGUGAGGAAUCCAGGAAUGUAGAAUUACCUGGACCAGAUGUGGGUGAGGUUCCCCGUGAGGAAUCCAGGAAUGUAGAAUUACCUGGACCAGAUGCGGGUGAGAUUCUUGGUGAGGGAUACAGGAGCACAGAAUCACCUGGGCCAGAUGACGGUGAAGUUCUUGUUGAGGACUCCAGGUUCACAAAGUCACCUGGACCAGAUGUGGAAAAUGCUCUCAGUCAGAAAGCUGAACUUACAGACUCACCUGGACCAGAUAUAGGUAAUCCUGAUGCACAGGAAACCAGUCAUGUAGUAUCAUCCAGAACAGUUGUGGAUAGUGUUCUUAGUCAGGAAGAACAGAUUUUAAGGUCACUUGAGUCCGAUGUGGAAAAAGUUCCCGGUCAGAAGAGCCAGCUUAUUCAUUUAGUCAGAGUAAUAGAGCUGCCGGGAACAGUUAUAGGAAAUGCUACGGAAAAGAAAUCUGAACUUAUGAUGUCUCCUAGACAAGACACAGAUAAUGCUUUUGGUCAGAAAGAGGGGAUGGAUGUAGGAAAUGUUCUUUGUGAGGAAGCCGGGAUCCUAGAAUCAGCUGAGCUAGAAAGAGAUAAUCACCCAGGCCCAGAAAUUGGGCUUCUCUCAUCAUCUAGUCCAGAUGUGGAUGUUUAUCCUAGUUAUGAAGUCACACUUUUAAAGUCAUACCAACCAGGUGUAGGUGAUACCACAGAAUUACAUAGGUUAACUGUAAGAAAUGCUUCUGAUCAUGAAGCCAGAAUCAGGAUAUCACCUGAGAUAGACACUUCUAGUCAAGAAGCUGGGCUCACAGGGUCACCUGGACCAGAUGAGGAUGAUAUCUCUGGCCAUAGAACUAGAUUUAUGGAGUCAUGGAAGACAGACAUCAAAGAUGCCUCAGGUAAGGAAGCUCAGGUUUUGUACUCACCUGAACCUGAAGUAGGGGAGACUUUUAGACAGGAAAAUGUAUUCAUGAGCUCCCUUGGACCAGAUAGGGCUGAUGUUACUGGUCAGAAAGCUGGGACAGGUAUAGGUGAUGCUGCUAUCCAGGAAGCUAGAACCACAGAGUUGUGUAAAGAUGAUGUAAGAAAUGCUUCUGAUCAGGGGUCUGAACUCAUGGAGUCACCUGAGCUACAUGUAGAUGAUACUGUUAGUCAGGAAAAUGGAUUUAUUCAAUCAGAUAAAACAGAUACGGAAAAGAUUUCUGAACAGGAAGUUGAGAUUCUGUAUUCAUCUGGCUUAGAUUCAAGCAAUGCUCCUGGCCAGGGAGCUGGUUAUAUAGAGUCACCUGGGUCAGAUGUGAGUGAUGUAGCUGUUCAGAAAGCUGGACUCAUGAAUUCAUCAGUGAUAGAUUCAGCAGAUUCUCCUAGCCAGGAAGAUAAGUUGAUGCUACCUGAGAAAGAGGUGAGCUUGAGUGCUAUUCAAAAAUCUGAUGUAGAAUCUGGGCUAGAUGUAGGGAACUCUCCUAGCCAGGAAACCAGGCAUGAUAUAGGUGGUACCUUUCUGUACUCACCUGGCCCGGAUACAGGGGACACUCUCAGUCAGGAAACUAGACAUACUGAGCCAACCAUGAUGGAUGUAGAUGAUGCUACUGUUCAGAGGCCUGGGGUCAUAGAGCUGUCUAAAGUUGAUGUAGGAAAUGUUUCAGAUCAAGAAAACAGGCUCAUAAAAUCAUCUGGAAUAGAUGCUCCUAUUGGAAAAAUUGAGCUAGUAGAAUUUUCUGGGCCAGAGAUGGGAGAUGCUCUUAGUCGGGAAGUUAAAUUUGAGGGAUUGUGUGAGAUGGAUGUGGGAGAUGUUGAGAUGGCUGAGAUUAUGUAUUCACCAGUCCCAGACAUACGUGAUUCUCUUGGUCAGAAAUCUGGGGUUGUGGAGUUACAUGGGCUAUGUGUGAGUGAGAUCUCUAUUCAGCAAGCCAGAGUCUUGGAGUCAGAUGUGAGGGAUGGUCCUGGUCAGGGAAUUAUGCCUAAAGAAUUCCAUGAGGCAGAUGUGGGAAAUGCUUCUGCUCAGGACACUGAAAUCAUGCACUCACCUAGGCCAGGUGUGAGAGAUUCUGCUGGUCUAGAAGCUGAGACUGUUCAUUCACCUGGCCCCUAUGUGGGAGAUUCUAUAGGUCAGGAAGCUGGGGUCCCAGAACUGGAUGUGGGAAAUGCUCCUGAUCAGGAAACCAGAUUCAUGCCAUCAUGUGAGACACAUGUGAGUGGUGCUUGUGAAGAAGAAGCUGAGAUUUUGCAUUCACCUGGUCCAGAUGAAGAAGAUUCUCCUGGUCAGGAAGGUGAGCCCAAGGAAUCAUCAAUGCUAGAUCUGGGAGAGGCCCCUGGUCAGGAAGGCAGCAUCUUGAAGAUAUCUGAAACAGAUGUGGAUAUUGGAUCUAGUCAGCAAACUAGGGAGACAGAGUCACCUGGACCAAGUGGGAACGAAGCUCCUGGUCAGGAAGCUGGGAUUGGGGAAAUUUAUGAGAUAGAUAUGAGAGAUGCCUUGGGUAAUGAAAUUGAGUUUGGUCCAGAUGGGGGUGAUGCAGCCAGUAAUGAAGGAAUUUUGAUUCUAGAGACACAGCAGUCAGAUGUGAGUGAUGCUUCUAAUUCUGAUCAGGUAGUUGAGUUUAUAGAGUCAUGUGGACCAGAAGUUGGUGAUAUCUCUCAUCAGGAAGCAGAGAUCAUGAACUCACCUGGGUCAGACAGGUGUGAUGCUUUUCGUCAGGAAACUAUGUUUAUGGAACUGGGUGAGACACAUGUAGGAAAUGCUGAGAUUACAUAUUCACCAGUCCCAGAUAUGAGUGAGUCUCUCGGUCAGGAAGUCAAAGUUUUGGAGUCUCCUGAAACAGAUGUGAGAGAUGGUCUUAGUCAGGAAGUCAUGACUAGAGAGUCAUAUGAGGCAGAUGUGGGAAAUGUUCCUGAUCAGGAUACUGAAACCAUGCACUCACCUAGGCCAGGUGUGAGAGAUUCUGCUGGUCCAGAAGCUGAGACUGUUCAUUCACCUGGCCCCUAUGGGGGAGAUUCUAUAGGUCAGGAAGCUGGGGUCCCAGAAGUACACAGGGAUGUAGGAAAUGCUUCUGAUCUAGAAAACAGAUUCAUGCCAUCAUCUGAGACACAUGUGAGUGGUGCUUGUGAAGAAGCAGCUGAGGUUUUGCAUUCACCUGGUCCAAAUGAAGAAGAUUCUCUUGGUCAGGAAACUGAGCUCAAGGAAUCAUCAAUGCUAAAUCUGGGAGAGGGCCCUGGUCAGGAAGGCAGCUUCUUGGAGUUAUCUGAGGCAGGUGUGGAUACUGGAUCUAGUCAGCAAACUAGGGAGACAGGGUCACCUGGACCAAAUGGGAAUGAAGCUUCUGGUCAGGAAGCUGGGAUUGGGGAAACUUAUGAGACAGAUAUGAGAGAUGCCUUGGAUAAUGAAGUUGAGUUUGGUCCAGAUGCGGGUGAUGCAGCCCGUAAUGAAGGAAUUUUGAUGCUAGAGACACAGCAGUCAGAUGUGAGUGAUGCUUCUAAUUCUGGUCAGGUAGUUGAGUUUAUAGAGUCACGUGAACCAGAAGCUGGUGAUAUCUCUCAUCAGGAAGCAGAGAUCAUGCAUUCAACUGGUCCAUAUGUGGAAGAUUCUAUAGGUCAGGAAUCUGGGGUCCCAGAAGUGCACAGGGAUGUGAGAAAUGCUCCUGAUCAGGAAGCCAGAUUCAUGCCAUCAUUUGAGACACAUGUAAGUGGGGCUUGUGAAGAAGAAGCUGAGAUUUUGCAUUCACCUGGUCCAGAUGUAGGUGAUGCAGCCAGUAAUGAAGGAAUUUUGAUGCUAAAGACACAGCAGUCAAACGUGAGUGAAGCUUUUAAUUCUGGUCAGGUAGUUGAGUUUAUAGAGUCAUGUGGACCAGAAGUUGGUGAUGUCUCUCAUCAAGAAGCAGAGAUUAUGAACUCACUUGGCUCAGACAGGUGUGAUGCUUUUCAUCAAGAAAUUAUGUUUAUGGAACAGCGUGAGACAGAUGUGGGAAAUGCUGAGAUUACAUAUUCCCCAUUCCCAGAUAUGAGUGAGUCUCUUGGUCAGGAAGUCAGAGUUUUGGAGUCCCCUGAAACAGAUGUGAGGGAUGGUCUUGGUCAGGAAGUCAUUACUAGAGAGUCAUAUGAGGCAGAUGUGGGAAAUGCUCCUGAUCAGGAUACUGAAAUCAUGCCCUCACCUAAGCCAGGUGUGAGAGAUUCUGCUGGUCCAGAAGCUGAGACUGUUCAUUCACCUGGCCCCUAUGUGGGAGAUCCUAUAGGUCAGGAAGCUGGGGUCCCAGAACUGGAUGUGGGAAAUGCUCCUGAUCAGGAAGCCAGAUUCAUGCCAUCAUCUGAGACACAUGUGAGUGAUGUUUGUGAAGAAGAAGCUGAGAUUUUGCAUUCACCUGGUCCAGAUGGGGAAGAUUCCCUUGUUCAGGAAACUGAGCCCAAGGAAUCAUCAAUGCUAGAUCUGGGAGGGGCUCCUGGUCAGGAAGGCAGCUUCUUGGAGUUAUCUGAGGCAGGUGCGGAGGAUGUGUUCAGCCAUCAAGUUGAGCAGACAGGGUCACUUGGAUCAGGUGUAAGAGAUAUUCUUGGCCAGGAAGCUGAGUUUAAGAAAUCUUAUGAGAUAAAAGAGGAAGAUACAUUAGGGCUUGAACAGCCAACAGUUCUGGAAGAGACUGCUAGUCAGGAAGGCAGCUUCUUGGAGUCACCUGAGGAAGGUGUGGAAAAUGGGUCUAGGCAGCAAACUGGACAGAUAAGGUCACCUGGGCCAGAUGUAGAGGAUACUCCUGGUCAGAAAGCUGAGAUUAGAGAAUCUUAUGAGACAGAUGUGAGAGAUGCCUUGGAUGAGGAAGGUGAAUUUGACCCAAAUGUGGGUCAUGUAGCUGCUGGUCAAGGGAGUUUGAUGCUAGGGACACAGGAGCCAGAUGUAGGUGAUGCUUCUAGAAUCGAUCAGAUAACUGGACUUAUAGAGUCAUGUGGACCAGAAGUUGGUGAUAUCUCUCAUCAGGAAGCAGAGAUUAUGAACUCAUCUGGAUCAGACAGGUAUGAUGCUUUUUGUCAAGAAGAUAAAUUUGGGGGGUUGUGUGAGACAGUUGUGGGAGAUGCUGAGAUGGCUGAGAUUUUGUAUUCAGCAGUCCCAGAUGUGAAUGAUUCUCCUGGUCAGGAAGCUGGUGUGGUAGAGUUACGUGGGCUACAUGUGAGUGAGCUCUCUAUUCAGCAAGCCAGAGUCUUAGAGUCAGAUGUGAGGGAUUAUGCUGGUCAGGGAAUUAUGACUAAAGAGUCAGAUGAGGCAGAUGUGGGAAAUGCUUCUGCUCAGGCUCCUGAAAUCACGCCCUCACCUAGGCCAGGUGUGAGAGAUUCUGCUAGUCCAGAAGCUGAGACUGUUCAUUCACCUGGCCCAUACGGGGGAGAUUCUAUAAGUCAGGAAACUGGGGUCCUAGAACUGGAUGUGGGAAAUGCUCCUGAUCAGGAAGCCAGAUUCAUGUCAUCAUCUGAGACACAUGUGAGUGGUGCUUGUGAAGAAGAUGCUGAGAUUUUGCAUUCACCUGGUCCAGAUGUAGGUGAUGCAGCCAGUAAUGAAGGAAUUUUGAUGCUAAAGACACAGCAGUCAAAUGUGAGUGAAGCUUUUAAUUCUGGUCAGGUAGUUGAGUUUAUAGAGUCAUGUGGACCAGAAGUUGGUGAUGUCUCUCAUCAGGAAGCAGAGAUUAUGAACUCACCUGGUUCAGACAGGUGUGAUGCUUUUCGUCAAGAAACUAUGUUUAUGGAACAGGGUGAGACAGAUGUGGGAAAUGCUGAGAUUACAUAUUCCCCAUUCCCAGAUAUGAGUGAGUCUCUUGGUCAAGAAGUCAGAGUUUUGGAGUCUCCUGAAACAGAUGUGAGGGAUGGUCCUGGUCAGCAAGUCAUGACUAGAGAGUCAUAUGAGGUGGAUGUGGGAAAUGCUCCUGAUCAGGAUACUGAAAUCAUGCCCUCACCUAGGGCAGGUGUGAGAGAUUCUGCUGGUCCAGAAGCUGAGACUGUUCAUUCACCUGGCCCCUGUGGGGGAGAUUUUAUAGGUCAGAAAGCUGGGGUCCCAGAACUGGAUGUGGGAAAUGCUCCUGAUCAGGAAGCCAGAUUCAUGCCAUUAUCUGAGACACAUGUGAGUGAUGUUUGUGAAGAAGAAGCUGAGAUUUUGCAUUCACCUGGUCCAGAUGGGGAAGAUUCCCUUGUUCAGGAAACUGAGCCCAAGGAAUCAUCAAUGCUAGAUCUGGGAGGGGCUCCUGGUCAGGAAGGCAGCUUCUUGGAGUUAUCUGAGACAGGUGUGGAUAUUGGAGCUAGUCAGCAAACUAGGGAGACAGAGUCAUCUGGAUCAGGUGUAAGAGAUAUUCUUGGCCAGGAAGCUGAGUUUAAGAAAUCUUGUGAGAUAUAUGAGGAAGAUACAUUAGGGCUCGUACAGCCAACAGUUCUGGAAGAGAUUGCUAGUCAGGAAGGCAGCUUCUUGGAGUCAUCUGAGGAAGGUGUGGAUACUGGAUCUAGUCGGCAAACUAGGGAGAAAGAGUCACCUGGACCAAAUGUGAAUGAAGCUCCUAGUCAGGAAGCUGGGAUUGGGGAACCUUAUGAGACAGAUAUGAGAGAUGCCUUGGAUAAUGAAAUUGAUUUUGGUCCAGAUGGGGGUGAUGCAGCCCGUAAUGAAGGAAUUUUGAUGCUAGAGACACAGCAGUCAGAUGUGAGUGAUGCUUCUAAUUCUGGUCAGGUAGUUGAAUUUAUAGAGUCAUGUGGACCAGAAGUUGGUGAUAUCUCUCAUCAGGAGGCAGAGAUCAUGAACUCACCUGGGUCAGACAGGUGUGAUGCUUUUUGUCAGGAAACUAUGUUUAUGGAACGGGGUGAGACAGAUGUGGGAAAUGCUGAGACUAUAUAUUCCCUAGUCCCAGAUAUGAGUGAGUCUCUUGGUCAGGAAGUCAGAGUUUUGGAGUCCCCUGAAACAGAUGUGAGGGAUGGUCUUGGUCAGGGAAUUAUGACUAAAGAGUCCCAUGAGGCAGAUAUGGAAAAUGCUUCUGCUCAGGACACUGAAAUCAUGCCCUCACCUAGGCCAGGUGUGAGAGAUUCUGCUGGUCCAGAAGCCGAGACUGUUCAUUCACCUGGUCUAUAUGUGGGAGAUUCUAUAGGUCAGGAAGCUGGGGUCCCAGAACUGGAUGUGGGAAAUGCUUCUGAUCAGGAAGCCAGAUUCAUGCUGUCAUCUGAGACACAUGUGAGUGAUGUUGCUAGUAAGGGAGCUGGGAAUAGGGAGUUACGCAUGGUACUUGGGGAGGACAUUCCUGAUCAGGAAGCUGAGAUUCUACAUCUACCUGGUCCAGAUGGAGAAGAUUCCCCUGGUCAGGAAGCUGCACUCGGUGCUUCACCAGUGCAAGUUCUGGAAGGGGUACCCAUUCAGGAGAGCAGAUUCUUGGAGUUAGCUGAGGCAGGUGUGCAGGACUGGUCUUGUAAACAGGCUGGGCUCCCAGGGUCACCUGCCCCAGAUGUGAGGGAUACCCCUGUUAAGGAAACUGAGAUUUUGCACUCCCCCAACCGAGUGGUGAGUGAUUAUCCUCAUCAGGGAACUGACAGACUCAUAGACUCUUUUAGGCCAAUAAUAGAUAUUCUUUCUGAUGAAGAAGUCCAGCUCCCGAAGUCAUCUGGGCCAAGAGUAGGGGAUGCUCCUGAGAAGGAACCUGGCAACGUAGAGUCCCCCAGGCCAGAUGUACUGCCUGUCGUUCCAGAGCGUGGAGGGCUGCAGGACCAGAACUCAGAAGCUGUGUGGAGAGCAGAGGACGGGGUGCUCCAGAGGCAAGCUCGGGAAGGGUUCUGGCUCCCAAAGGAUUCUCCUGGGGAUACCCUUGGCACUCAGGAUGCAGGACAGGCUCUUUCUGUCCCGCUGGAGGCAGAAGCACAGCCUGAAUGCAAAGUCCUAGGAGGACAAAUAAUACCCCUUUCGGAACCAAGGGAAGAAAACAGUUUAGAAGUCAUGAAAAAAGCCAACCUUAAAAGUCAAGUCCAAGCAACCAGAGUCAGCCCAGGGGGAGAGGCUCCUGAACCUGAUUACCUCUUCCACGUUCUUUUCCUGGGAGAUUCCAACGUGGGCAAAACGUCAUUUCUGCACUUAUUACAUCAUGAUUCGUUUGCCACAGGCCUGACUGCGACUGUAGGGAUGGAUUAUCGGAUCAAAAACCUGAUGGUGGAUAAUAGAUGGUUUGCGCUGCAGCUCUGGGACACAGCCGGGCAGGAGAGGUACCACAGCAUAACCAAGCAGUUCCUCAGAAAAGCCGACGGCAUUGUGCUCAUGUACGAUGUCACCUGCCCAGGAAGCUUCACCCAUGUGCGCUACUGGCUGGACUGCAUCCAGGAAAGAGGACCUGAUGAUGUUGUCAUCCUCCUCCUUGGGAACAAGAUAGACUGUGUGAAGGAGAGGUUGGUGUCCACAGAGGCUGGACAGCUCCUGGCCAAGGAAAUUGGGGUCAUCUUUGGGGAAUGCAGUGCUGUCUUAGGGCAUAACAUCUUAGAGCCCAUCAUGUCCUUAGCCAGGGCAAUGCAAGAACAGGACACCAAAAUGAAACAUAGUGUGGUGAAGCUGGAGAAGAAGGAGGUGAAGAAGGCUGGUUGCUGCUCCUGAGCUGUGUGGGCCUGUGCAGGAGUGCUUGAAGGGGCCAGUGAUGUGAAAGGUGGUGUUGGACUCGAUCCCUUCACUUUCUCUUCCUUCCUUUGACAACUUUGACAACUAACAGCAGCAAGGAAAACCAGGAAAAUUCAUGAAUCUUGAGCUCAAAGAAAAGAGCAUGUAUGAAGCAUUUUUUAAAAAUUCACAGAAAGCAGAAGAACAUUUGGAUGGGGACACACAUACAAGGGCAAUGUACAUAUUUUUGUAUUAAAUUUAAAUGCAAAUUUUAAAAGAAUUAUAUGGAACAAGUUCACAGUUUCAUAUAUAAUCCUCUUUUUCUAGUCUUCUUUAUGUUAUGUUUACUAAUGUUUGUUACGUUCAUAAUAAAAAUUAUCUAUCUAUCUAUCUAGCCCAAACCUUAUUGAAUUGGACUUUGGGAAUUCAUGAGCUGUAAUAAUAAAAUAAAAGACUCA